AUGAUAAAUUGGACAGUGAACGAUAGAGUGAUAAGAGAGUGUACGCUACAACUCACUUCUUACAAUAUAUUUGUCGGUUUAUGCUUUGCUGCUAUUUUCAUCCUAUCAUUUAUCGGCAACUCGUUGGUUCUUUUCACUAUCAUCAAACUUCAACGACGUAGCACACAUUUAAUCACCAAUAUAUUAUUGUUCAAUUUAGCAGUUGCUGAUUUGUUACGAUCAAUAAUUUGCAUACCACCAACUUUAAUGAGUGAAAUAUCACAAUGUUGGUUACUUGGACCACAUAUAUGCAAAUUUGCUGCUUAUUUGCAGCCUGUGACAGUUUGCGCAUCAGCUUAUACAUUAGCUCUAAUUGCACUUGAACGUUACUACGCAAUAUGUCGUCCACUGGAAUCGAUGGUGUGGCUUUCAAAGCGUCGUCUACUGGCACUUAUAUCGUUUGUUUGGUUAACGUCAUUUGGAAGCAAUGUUGGCGCACUUGUCAUUUAUGAUGCUAUUCCGUACAGAACACAUUGGAGUUGUCGUUCCACUGCUACUCCGUUAACAGAUUUCCUUUAUCAAAUCCAUGUCACAAUGCUAUUAUUAUUCAUACCACUAACAGUUAUGUUGCUUUUAUAUUGCAAGAUAAUCAAAACGCUUCAUUCAAACAAUCAACUAGAAGUAAGACCGGGAGAGUUUCAUAGUUAUACGGAAUGCUAUCCAAGUGAGAUAGAACGAAAGACAUUUUCAAGUUGGUUAUAUCCAUCAUUUGCCAGUAAGGAGCUCAAUGUCUCUUAUACUGCUUGGGUGAAUGAUUCAGAACGAAAAACUACCGCUUUAAGUAUGACGUGUAAUAUAUCAAGCAGAGAGGCGUGUGAGUAUGACACUCGAUCUAAGCUUUCCAGUUUCAAUAGCGCUCCUACCCUUCGAUCAUCAUCAGUUGGUGGCAGUAAAACGGGUAGUAAUUAUAAAUAUGGUUAUAUGCUUCGAAGCAAUCAUCAGGAAAAAAUAAUUAAAGCAAAACGACGUGUAAUUAGAAUGCUAAUUAUCAUUGUUAGUGCUUUCGUUAUCUGCUGGACACCGAGUUUUGUUUGGUGGCUUAUAAUUAGAACAUCUGAUCUCGCUCGGGUAUGA